ACUCGGUGGCGAAAAAACAAGAAGGCGGUUGGUAGUCUCGCUAUCUGUGUUACACGGAAGAUUCGUGGCUAAAUCAACGGUUGCUUGUCUUGUGACUUGUGCUGAACUUGAGCGACAGAAAUGGAGGAGACCGGGGAAGUUGGUGGCGCCAGUGCGUACGGAGCUUCGCUCGCAGGCGGUAGCUUCGACUUUCUGAAGUUUGCUAAACAACCGCACACUAUCGUGCGCUUCUUGAGUUGGAUUUUUUCCAUCGUGGUCUUCUCCUGCAUCACGGCGGAGGGAUUUGUCAACAAUCCGCACAGCCCCUACGCGCAUUGCGUCUUCAACCAGAAUGACUCGGCGUGUCACUACGCUGUGGGCAUCGGUAUCAUAGCCUUCCUGGCCUGUUUUUUCUUUCUCUUAUUGGACGCCUACAUGCCGCUGAUGAGCAACGCAAAGGAGAGGAAGUACGCUGUCAUGGCCGACCUGGGAUUCUCAGGUGUGUGGACGUUCCUGUGGUUCGUGUGUUUCUGCCUCCUGGCUAGCCAAUGGAGUCGUACGCUUGAUGUCAGUGGAUUCCCCCAGGACGCCGCCCGCGCCACCAUCGCCUUCUCUUUCUUCUCUAUUGCCACCUGGGGAAUCCUAACCUACUUCGCUUUGGGGAGAUAUCGCCGUGGUGUUGCCGAUGUCACCCAGAGCAUCUACGCUGAGCCUCCGCCGGAGCAGCACACCCCUUACCCUCCGACCUACGCCCCCUCGGCCUACACCCCCACCACCUACUCCCCGUACCCUUCCAGCGCACCAGACGACUUCCAACAACCCCCCUUCACCCCCAGCACCAUCACCACCACCCAACCCCAGGGGGACUACCAACCCCCCAACUACUGAGGGGCUCCGCGGUGAAGUUUCCCCUAGGUGCAGAUCUAGGAUCAGCUUCACUUCCCCCAUUCCUAACCUUAACCAUUAGUGGGGGAAAUGCAAGAUCUGACCCAAGAUCAGUGUCUAGGCCAAGGGGCAAUUUCACCGAACUAUUACUGGGAUAGAAUUAUGGAGAAAGGAAGAGUGGAAGCUCCUUAUCACCAGACCUGGGUUCAAAUACUAUUUGAAAUAUUUGUUUUGCUUUUGUCUGUCUGGAGUGCAAGGUGGGUGGAGUUUGCACUCUGUCAACUUUUACAUUGGUUUAAUUUGCAACAGGGAAACUGGAUGAAAGCACAGACCGAUAAUGGUUUUAAAUAGUGUUUGAACACAGGUCUGCUUACUACUAGUUCAGUGGAUGAUGUGGUUAAAGGGAGACUUCUACCCUGAGACAGGGGUGCAGCUGAGGGGCAGGGGCAAAAGUCAGAGCCUGGUCACGUGACACGGGAGACUGGAGGUCACAUGAUUUGGGAUAUGCGAAAAACGGCCGAUGAGAGCUCUCGUGGGAGGGGCAAGUGCUUGCUUUAGCUAAUCAGUGUGCUUGUCUCCCCCUCUCUGUUCAGAACUCUAGUCCCCUGCUUCUGUGUUCCAGAAGGAAGGAGAAUGUGUAUCUGUCAGAGGAGGCUGGUGGGGGGAAGCUAUAGGAAGACCUGCUCAUUGUAAUGGCUGGAAUGGAAUAAAUGGAACGGUAUCAAAUAUGGAAACCACAUGUUUGACUCGGUUCCAUUUAUUUCAUUCCAGCCGUUAGUGAGCCGGUCCUCCUAUAGCUUCCUCCCACCAGCCUCCUCUGGUGUCUGUACAUACUAGAUAUUCAUAGUUGAACCGCCAAUUCUUUGAAUGGCUGUAGUGUGUUUUUUAAAAACAUUUUAUCUUUUUGUUUUCAAUUUAGCACAAUUAUCUUGAUGACACGCAAGCACAGUGUUUUAUUCAAUGUCAAAAAAGUGUGUUUAUUUAAUUGACCAGUGUAUCGUGAGACUACUGAAUUCUACAGCAUAAGCCAAAUGCCCAAGAAAGCCUUAUUAUUAAUGUCCUAUGUAUAAACUGCUGGGCUUUUGUCCCACUUCAGGAGCCGUAGACAGACUUUUGUUGUGUCCCAAAUGGCACCCAAUUCCCUUUAUAGUGCACUACUUUUGAUCAAGACCCAUAAGGCUCUGGUCAAAAGUAGUGCACUAUAUAUAGGGUGUCAUUUAGGAUACACAUACAAGUCCUUUUUCAUAACUCUUAAAUCCUGUCUAUCUGAUAACAGUCAAGGUAAAGCCAUAAAAAGCCUAAAGAAAAAAACACAUUAAAGCGCUCAUUAAAUCACACGUUGAAAACACAAGGCUUGUUUGCUCAACUGAUCUGUGUAAUAUGCAUGUUCCUAUCUAGUCAUUAUGUAUUGAGUUUUCAGUCAUCUUUUAUAUGUCUACUGUCCACAAAAACUAUAGCAACUGGAGGGGUUGAAACCCGGCUGUAACCAGGAGAUAAAUUUGAGUCCCAAUUCUCCAAUCUUCUCCCAAAGUGUGCACUGCACUGGCCUACUUUUUCCCCUGUGGCUUUGACAAUGGUGGAAACUCCCUCCAGCCAAUCCUUACACCAGUGCUUUUAGAACCAUGUGCACUGGAAAAGGGUGGAGAAUCGGAACAUAAGUCUUCCACUGCCGCUACAUAAAGCCAUCUAUGGUUUGUAUUACUUUG